GUCACUGCUUUCACAGCUCUGUCUCGCUGUUGCAGUCUCAAUUACAUGCACAACUCACCAGCACAACGCAUUGCCGAUUGGCUGGCCUCUCGCCACCCAGCGACUGUUGCUAACAACUCCUUUGCUGAAACUUAACACAAAGCUAUCGUGGCUGGAAACACUGCACAUUGAAAACGGACUGGGAAUUUUCCAGCUGGGAAAACCGACAAAGACAGAAACUGGAGGGAUCAACAUGCCUCGCGGGAGAUCAGCCUCGAGCACACGAUCCAACAGCAGUGAUGUGGAGCUGGAGGGACUGGCUCAAAGUGAGCUGGAAAAGCUGCGUCACCAGUUCCGGAUCAUGGAGGGCGACCAUCAGGCAUACAGUGUAGAGUCCCAGGAGCUGAUCAGGAAGCAGCUGGCAGAAAUUGAGAAACUGGAGAAAGAUGAUGAGGAGCUGACAGUGAAUCUAAAGCUCUGUGUGAGCCAAACGAGGCAGAAGCAACACCAGGAGUACGUGAAAAAGAUUCGGAGCAAGCUGGAAUCCCAGGAUAAGCUGAAGGAGCAGAUAGACAGCGAGAGGCAGACCAUUGUAGAGUUGGACCUGGAGAUAAAAAAGUUGGAACAAAAACUUCUUGAACAGAAAAUAGCAUUGAGCAAAUGUACGGAGAGUAAAGAGAUUAACGCCCAAACGCAGAAAGAUGUCAAGGUGAUGGAGAACACACUGGACAGGACUCUGACCAGGUUUAACACACAGCUGACCCAGAACGCCCUUCUUCGGGAGGAGAUCCGGACAAUGAGCAUGGAGCGCUCACGCUUUCAGCAUCUCUACCACAAACUAGAGAAGGAACUGCAAGAAACUCGGAAGGAAGUUGGUGCUGUGAUUGACAUGUCCACGGCAGCGUAUGAUGCCAGGGAUGACGCGCAGACCAAGAUGGUGCAGCUGAAGGAGAAGGCGGAGAAGGAUCUUGUUCUACAUGCAGCCGAGAUGAAAGAGCUGCAGAGAGUCAUUGACCACGACCGCAAGCUGAAGGAGUUCAUGGCCAUCAAAACCCAGGAGCGACCCUCGGAGGAGAUACGCCCAUACAGCACCCGCAAAAGGGAGGACGAGGGAUCGGCAAAAAGACAAAAGGAGACAAAGGAGGAACGAGCGGAGACCUUUGAGGCCGCCUUCCAGCAGAUCCGAGCUGCGACGGGGGAGGAGGACCUGGAGGUGCUGGUCAACACCUUUAUAGAAGUUGAGGAUCGGAACUUUGCCCUGUUCAGUUACAUCAAUGAGCAGAACACGGAGAUUGAGAGAGUGCAGGAGGAGAUUGCUGCUCUCCAAGCUGAGAUUGCGGGCUUCAGGCAGCGUGAGCAGGAGCUGCAGUGGGAACAGCAGAGAGUGCGUCAGCAGAUGGAGAGGCAGCAGCAGGAGGCCAGCAAUCAGGCUGCGGGCUAUGAGGAGAGAGUCAAGGCCGUCAACAAAAUCCUGGAGCAGCUCAAGACCGGGACGGAGUCGCUCUUCACUAAAAUCGGCUGCAAUCGCUCCAUCCUGGACGAUAUGCUGGGAUCGUCUUGUGGGAUAACGGACACCACCAUCAUGCAGUACCUGGGCCUGAUCGAGCAGCGCACCAAUCAGCUGCUCUCCAUCCAGUCCUACCUCACUUCCAAGGAUUAUGACCGACCGUACGACCCCCGGGAAGCAGCCGUGCUGCUGUUAGGGCAGAAGUUGGAGGGUGCGAUGCAACCGCUCUACAUUGAGCCUCCAACCACCGGCAAUAAUGAUGAUGACAGUGAGUUGGAAUCUCCGGGCACCGAGGAAGAAAGACCCCUGACACAGGCAGAACUGCGGGAGCGAAUAAUGAAAGGGGUGAUCAGAAAAGAGGAGAAGGCGCUGAAGAAAGGUUUUCAGUCCUACCGCCCACAACUGAAGCACUGA